UCGAUCAGACUAAUAGGAAGAUGUAUGCAUUAAAAGCCGCUGAAAACCCUCGAGAUCGAUGAGAAUGGACAGGAGAGGCACUGGUUGAUAACAGGAAAGUCCGUUGCAUCUUAAAUUUAGCUGGUUUGAGAAAAAUCUAGUCGAAAGAAGGCAUCUGGAGACAAGCGACAUGGAUUGUACUUUGGUUCUCUUCUACGCACUCGUGAGAAUGUCAUGUCUUGUCUGCGCUAAUCAGGCUUCAGAGGAAGGACCAUUACCCUCCCAUUAUUUACCCACAGUGGUAUCAACAACCUCCAGUCCUUUUUUGGUAGUAGCAUCAACAAAAAUUUCUGGCUUGAUCAACACCACAACCUCCAAGAACAUUGCAAAAGGUUCCAUUCAGACCCAAAGUACUACAAAUGGAAUCAAUGUUGCUUCUGGCAAAAGCUCCCCGACAUUAUCAGACACUGCUACGAUGGUGUCAAAUGUCGGUGUCUCUACAAGUCAAGGUGCAAUUCACCUAACCCCAACUACAAGUUCAUUUUAUAUGCAGACCUCAGGGUCUCUCAUUUCAAGUGUGAUGACUCCUCUGCCAACAACUGCUUCCCCACCAGGUACACCAGAUCCUCCAAUCAUUCAGAACAUCACUGUGUUAUCAGCUACUAGUGUACUUGUCAAGUGGAACACAACAUCAGACCAGUCUGUUGCUACCAAUUAUUCAGUUGAAUUCAGUGUCAACAUUUCAACUUGGAAGCAACCAGCUUGUAAUCAUUCUUUGGUGCAAGGUGCCUGUGUUGUUAAUCAGAAACAAGCUGUCAUUGUACUUCUCAAACCUUUUACAAACUACACUUUUAGAGUAGUGGCAAAGAGCCAGUUUGGGAGAAGCAAUUACAGUGCAGAGAGAAAGUGGGUGAUGACUGAUGAAGCAGCUCCAUCAGCUGCUCCUGUUAUAACAGCUGCACGUAAUGUUAGCUCACAAGAAAUCUUUAUAGCAUGGCAACCACCACCAGCAGGAACUGAAAAUGGCAUAUUUCAAAAAUAUGAAAUAUACAUAAAGAAGGAGACUCCCCAAGAGCCAACCACUGCACCAACCACUGGUGGGUUCCCUGUGACUGAACCGCUUGAACCAACACCAGAACCAGAAUUUGAAAAGCUUCAGAGUGGCUUGCUAGUGAGUGUUGGACUUGUCCUUAAUUAUACAGUGCGCAAUCUGGACAAGUGGACCGAUUAUGAAAUUAAAGUACGAGCUGUUACCAUUGCCCCAGGCCCUUUCAGUGACAAGGUCAUUGUGCGAACUGAUGAAGAUGUUCCAAGUCAACCUCGCCAUGUUGUAGCAAGGGCUCUGAAUUCCAGUGCAAUAUAUCUGAAUUGGAGUGAACCAGCAGAUAAGAAUGGUGUGCUUUUGUAUUAUCAGGUGAAAUGGGAUUCCUCAGGAAAAACAUUCAUUCGGAAAUUUGGCCUGAAAAAAAGUGUUACCCUGUCUCCUCUGAAUCCCUUUACACUUUAUGUCAUCAAUGUCAGUGCAUUCACAAGUAAAGGAGAAGGAAAGCGCGUCACUGUGGAGGAACAAACAGAUGAAGGGGUGCCUUCAGCACCCCAGAAUCUCUCUACCAAGACUUUGAACGCAACGGCAAUUCGUGUUUCUUGGAAAGAGCCAAAGAAGCUCAAUGGAAAAAUAAAAUAUAGGCUUUCAUGUGAGAGGACAGGAGAGCCUAGUUCGGUGGCAAAGUUGUUGUAUGAUGGGAAUAAUACACAGUUUAUAGUCUCUGAUCUGAAGCCAUACACACGAUACAUUUUCAGUGUGACUGCAUACAAUGUGAAAUACAAUUUGUCAAGCUCAGAGGUAUUUACUGAGGAAACUACAGACCAGGCAGAACCAUCACCUCCAAGAAAUGUUACAGCAAAGAGCAUGAACUCAACAGCAAUCAGAGUUUCUUGGGUCAAAGCUUUGAAUCCAAAUGGAAAAAUAAACUACAAGCUUCGUGUUCGCCUCAGUGGAGAGAAGGAAGAGGAAAACCGCCCGGUGUACGAAGGAAAUGAUACUACGUAUUUAGUGACUGGCUUACAAGAGUAUGUCAAGUACGCAUUCACAGUUGUAUCGUUCAAUAUUAAGAACAAGUGGGAAAGCAAACCAGUUGUGGCCGUGGAAAGUACUCGUCCUUCGGAACCUUCAGGCCCCCCGCAAAACGUCCAAGCCUGGACGCUUUCAUCGACGUCUAUACAAGUCACGUGGGGCCCGCCCCUUCUCGAGGAACAGAAUGGAGUCAUUCUCCGAUAUGAUGUGGACUAUAGAACUCGAUCAGGCCAACCAAACAAGCUCGCUACAGCUGAUAAUCAAACCACUAUACAAGUAAAAAACCUCACCAGUUUCACGAGGUACUGGUUUGCAGUUAGAGCGGUGAAUGUUAUUGGUGUCGGGCCAGAGAGUGAAGAAGUUUCAAACACGACUUCAGAAGACAGACCUUCGCCUCCUGUAAAAGUAAGCGCAAAAACAGUGAACUCCACUGCCAUCAAAGUGACUUGGGAGAAACCCCUGCACCCAAACGGCGAAAUCUUCUACAGGUUGUAUUACUGGCAGACUCGCGAGGGAGCUGGUACCAAGCUUGUGGCCUAUGAAGGGCCUCUAAUGGAAUAUGUCGUGGGCGGGCUCCAUGAGUAUGUGCCAUACACCUUCAUGGUACAGGCGUACAAUAUAAGGUAUUCCUGGAGUAGUGCGGGGACGAAUGCCACAGAGACCACUCAUCCUGCAGCGCCCUCUGGCCCUCCUCUUAAUGUCGCGGUAUUCGCCGAAUCAUCAACAUCAUUACUCGUGAAGUGGAACCCUCCAACUGAACUGGAACGAAAUGGAGUCAUUACCUAUUAUAUCAUAAGAUACACGUCUCUUGGCGAGGAGUCAUCUAUCAACACCACUGACAACACCACACAGAAGCUUAUUCCACAUUUGAGAAAGUUCACCGAGUAUUACGUUACUGUCCAAGCCGUGAAUGACAUUGGUGCGGGUCCGCCAAGUGUAAAUGAUACAAAGAAUACGACUCUUGAGGACUUGCCUGGCGAACCAGUUAUAGAUAAUGUGACCAGUAACACCUACACCUUGGCGUUAACUUGGAAACCACCAAUAGAAAAGAAUGGUAUACUCAUAGCUUUUCGGUUGUGCUGGCGAUACGUAGAAGAGCGAAAUUAUAGUUGCGAAAAUUUAAGUGCUGCUGAAAGCCGGUACGAGAUCAAAAACCUGAAGGCUUAUUCUCUAUAUAAUAUAUCCUUGGAGGCCCAAACAUCUGUUGGAUUCGGGCCGGCUGCCACCAAUACCUACAGGACGAGCGAAGGAGUUCCUUCGAAACCUCUUAGUUUACGUGCUUGGAACACCAGCGAAAAUACAAUAUACGUCACGUGGAAGAGGCCGGCGAGAGUGAAUGGAAUCUUGAAAAGCUACAAGGUUUUCAAUCGUGCAGCAUCAGACAGUAGUCAACGUUCAACAGAAAAUAUUGCUCUCGGUACAAACUUUACGCUGGUCAAGCUUCAGCCUUACACCUCAUAUAAUGUCACAGUCCAGGCCUUCACGGCCGCUGGUGGAGGAGAGAAAACUGAUGUCCAGGUUAUGACUGACGAGGCAGCGCCAUCUGAAGUCAGGGAACUAUCAUUUCCAAAGAUUCAAUUCAAUUCCGUUGAAGUGUCUUGGAAGGCUCCUGAGAGGCCGAAUGGGAACAUUGGCUACUACUUGUCUUACUGGGAAUUGUCAGAUGAUUUCUCUCGCGCUACGACGUUGGUCUUACCAGGAAAACCCCCCUCAAAGGUGGUUCCUUAUCUUAAGCCGUUCACGAAUUACACGUUUUCUGUUCAACCGUACAACUUAAGAAAGAACCUGACAGGGCUGUCUACUAAGAGGGACGUGAGAACCAAAGCUACACGGCCUGAAGGCCCACCACGGAAAGUAAAGAUUGAGAGCAAGACCUCCACUUCCUUCACGUUAUCUUGGAAUCCACCGCUACAACCGAACGGUGAUAUUGUGGGCUAUAAAAUCAGGUACUUCAUGUGCAACAGCUCGCAUUUAAAGACUAUUGAAGACACAACGCCAGAUUCAACGCAUACCAUCCAAGACUUGCAGCCUUUUCGCUGCUAUGGAAUACAGGUGGCUUGCCAAUCAUCUGGCGGGCUUGGGGAUUACUCUGUAGCAAUCGAAAGUAGAACAGAUCCGGCAGCUCCUCCUCCGCUGGGAACGCUUCCGCCUCCGGAUGAAGAAGAGAUUGAUGGCACCUCUUUCACAGUGAAGUUAACAAAGGCAUCAAAUAAGCUGGGUGUUGUUCAAUAUUACCGUGUGAUCGUGCGAGAGUUUGCAACAAACAACAGAGACCGGCCUGUGCCGGCGGAUAACGAGCCUAAAGAUUACGGAGAAGAAGAUUUAUACACUUACGAAGAAGCUAGAGAAAUGAAACCUAAGCUGGUGCCUUACGUUGCUGUAGAGUUUCCCGCAGAUAAAUUUGAUUCCUUCAAGAACUUUAAAGUAGGAGAUGGAAAGCGAUACUACAGGAUACCGGACGAUAUUGUUAGCAAAAAAAAUAGGAAAAGAAGAAGACGAAGAAGAGAAAUCGACGACAGCGUCGAUGAAUUUUACAAUGGUCCUCUGGAAGAAAACACAUUUUAUGCUGUGUUUCAGCGCGCCUAUGUUAAUAAGGACGUUUUUACUUCAAGUGAAUGGAUGGAUCCAGUCGCAACAGCGGCGGCGAGGAGUCCAAGUGAGGCACCGCCAUCCUCAUCAAACACUGGUCUCAUUGUAGGAAUUGUUUUCAUUCUCCUUGUUGUCCCAGUUGUGUUGGCAGCGGCCUACUUUAUCUGGAAGAAACGUUUCAAAUCGGGCGGAUCUUUGGAUGACAGAGAUGAUUUCACCAACGGGCAUCCGAUGAGAAUGAGAAAGAGCCGUAAACGACGUUCGCUUCAGAAACGCUUAAUGGGAAGCACAGAAUCCCUAAACAGAUUGGACGAACUUGCAGCGAGCAGAGCAAGGCGUCAUCCUGUUCCAAUUGAUGACUUUGAAAGACACGUGGAGCGAAUGCACAUGGAUGGUGAUCAUGGCUUCUCUGAGGAAUAUUUGCUCGUUCAACCGGAAGAGGAGUUCUCCUUUCAGCACUUUUUGAAUCCUACAAACAAGUUCAAAAACAGAUACGCUAACAUUGUGGCAUACGAUCACACUAGAGUGCUCCUGAACCCGAUUGAUGGUGUGGCGGGGUCUGACUAUAUUAACGCAAGUUUCAUCGAUGGCUACAACCGACAGCGAGCUUACAUUGCGGCCCAAGGUCCGCUUAUGGAAACGUUCGAUGAUUUCUGGCGCAUGAUGUGGGAACAAAUGUGUUCAGUCAUCAUCAUGCUGACAAAAUUAGAGGAGAGGGGAAGGCGGAAGUGUGACCAGUACUGGCCUGAACGUGGUACAAGAAAGUACGGUCAAGUUCAAGUGACUUUGAAAGAAACUCUUAACAUGUCCCACUACACUGUGAGAAAAAUGGUGAUGUCUCAUAAACUGUUUCCCGAAGACGAACGUGAAGUGAAACAGUUCCAUUUUACAGCUUGGCCUGACCACGGUGUACCGUCUCACCCCACCCCGCUACUCUCUUUGGUGCGUCACGCUUACGUCAGUAAUCGUGAGUCUGUUGGACCCAUGGUAGUGCAUUGCAGUGCGGGUGUUGGUCGUACAGGAACAUUUAUUACCUUGGAUGUCAUGUUACAGAGAAUAAGCCAAGAAGAUAGCAUUGACGUGUUUGGUUUUGUCCGGCAGAUGAGGUUUCAGAGGAACUUCAUGGUGCAAACUGAGGCGCAGUACGUGUUUAUUCACGAUGCCCUCCUAGAAGCCAUUACCUGCGGAGUAACUGAAGUCGAGGCCAAAGACCUUGGUACUCGCAUACGGGAACUUCGACAGGUCGAUCAAGAAACCGGUUACACCUACCUGGAAAACGAGUUUUGCCGGCUGGCUAAAGAAGAAAACCACCCAAUCGCAUUCAAGAGCGCCAGUCUGAAUUGCAAUGCUUCAAAGAAUCGCUACGCAAAUAUUCUUCCUUUCGAAAGCACUCGAGUACAUUUGAAAAUGAGGCCGGGAGAAAUGGGCUCUGACUACAUAAACGCGAAUUACAUUGAUGGUUACUGCCAACCAAGAGCGUACGUGGCAACUCAAGCCCCAGUCCCAGAUACGUUUGAAGAUUUCUGGCGCCUGAUAUGGGAACAGGAAUCUGCAGCUAUUGUGAUGCUAACUAGAGAAGAAGAGGCAGGAAAGGUGAAAUGUCACCAUUACUGGCCUUCAGAGGGAUCUCGGUUGUACGGCGUCAUUCUUGUGGAGUUAAUAGAGGAAAACUCGUUUGCUGAUUACAUUACCAGGAAAUUUAAACUCACACAUACGGAGGAGAAGAACUCGCACACUGUGUGUCAGUUCCAGUACACAGACUGGCCGGACACUGGACUCCCGGACUCUGGAGUGGGAAUAGUGGAUCUGAUCGGUCAAGUACAGAAAUGGCAGCAACAGAGUGGAAAUACAGCAAUCGUGAUACACUGCAGUGGUGGUGUCGGCCGUACGGGCGUGUUCUGUGGGAUCAGCAUCAUGAUAGAGCGCCUCAAGGCUGAAGGAGUGAUUGACGUGUUCCAAACGGUUCAAGCUAUGAGGCUCCAGAGACCUGCCAUGGUGCAGACUGCGGAGCAGUAUGAAUUUUGCUACACAACGUUGCAAGAGUAUUUAGAUUCCUUUGAUUUAUACGCCAAUUUCCAGUGAACUUCUACCACGCAAUUUUUUCUACAAGCGUAGAAUGACAAAAGAUGGGUCAUCUCGAGGGACACAUUGAUUCAAAACCAAGGGAAUUGAAGGAGAAUUCAUUUGUUGAGCUUGGCCAAGUUCAUUACUCAAUAUUUUGAACGCCAAACAAAUUGGUGGUAGUAAGAGUACUAAAUCUUUUCGUGAGAAUAAAUUGGGGUCACUGAACGUGAAUAAUAGAGAAAAAAAUGAAGGUAAUUUUUUCUACAUGUUAUCUAUUUUUAUACCAAUUUUAGAUCUCAGAGCGUUUGUCUUACUUCCUCGAUAUUUUAUAUAGAGUGUAGUCUUUAUUUAGAAAUAUACGUUAAACGAUGGAAGGAAAUUCCAUUUGAGACCAAACGAAACUCGAAAGAAGUUCUUCGAUCAAAAAUAGAAAGGAUUGAUGAUAAUAGGGGGGCUGUGAUUGCAAUAAAGUGAAAUAAAGAUUUUUACGAUGGGAGGGCUGAUGAAGGAAAGAGUUCACCCUUUAAUUGUUAAGAACUGAUGAGUAAGUCUCAUUCCUUGCUACUAUAUUUUCCUUAUGAAUUAGUGACCCGAAUAAGGUAAUUUUUUAAAAUAAUCCAGGCUAUUAAUUGAUGAGCAUGUCUUUUCUCGUUUUCUUGAGGGAAAAUGUAUUUGAAUUUUUGGGAGAGUUUACAUGGGAAUCAAUUGUGAGAUGAAGUGAAUGCCCACUGGCGCCUUUUCUCUGAUUGCAUGGAUAACGCGUGUGGGCGUAGUAAAAUAGACAGAAUGCAUGAAUGGUUUUUGAAAUUUAAAUUUAGCUUCCCGUGAUCCUGCAGGACAGGUAAUCUUACGGGUACUCGAAACGGGUGAAAAUGAAACUUAAAAUUUGCAGAAUACCAGCCACGCGUGGCAGUAUGCGCCUCACGCGUGGCAGAGCAAGAUUAUCGCGAACGAGAACCACGCGAUAGGCGAAACAAAAUGUUGGUCAUGAUUUUCCAUAAACUUGUUAAACAAAAGACAUAUGUCUUAAAUGUGGCAAUAAUUAUUACUACAGUAGCACAAAGGGUUUUUUUAAAAUUUUACGCGCUUCAUUACACUUCACAUGAAAUUUCAGCUGUGCUGUAAUUUUUGAUAGAAAUCUAGUUUCAUUGAUAUUUUUAAACUGUUAUCAUAAUCUUUGUUUGUCUGCGCUGCAUUUGCUACUCUGUUCUCUGUCACAUCUUUUUGUUGUGAACGAUUGUGCUCAAUUUUAGUUUUCAGUUUUUUGUGAUUCCUUCCCCAAAGUACUCAAAGAUUGGUGAUUAUAGGUGAUUAUAACACUUUUGAUGAAUACCGAAAUGAGAGAAUUGUCAUUUUUUAGAGCAUGUUAACGAUGUGAAAGAGUAAAUCUCUUCUACCGGUCUCACGAGUCACACGGAAUUUUUUUAUUACAAUAAUUUACAUGAUAUGAAUAGUUUAAUAUUAAAAACUAUUUUGCGAUUUUAGAGAGUUCUUGACGACAAAAUAAAUAUUAAGUGAGUUCUUGUU